CCGUCCACUGCCACUAUUUUUGGUUAAUCUUUGCUAUGGGGAGCGCGUACACUAGUCAACGUGUUUGUGGAGUCGACGUUCGAUAUAUAUAUGGUAUGCUUCGUACACUACCAAAUGUUUCGUUUCAUUCACAGCCUUCAACAAACAUCAAAAACAUUCCACCUUUUCUCUUUUUUCUCUUUUCCUAUCGAGCGUUUCCUUGAGAGAGAUCCGGAUCUCUUGUUUCCUUCGUCACUUUUCUCUUUUCGUGGUUUCACUUGGGUACCUUUAGGACUACCUCUAUUGCAAACGAUACGACUUGGAACAGAAAAAUUGAAACAAAUCGAUCAACAACAUACACAAUGCUUUUCACAAACACUCUUGCCUUCAUCCUGGCCGUUGCGCCCACGGCUCUCUUCGCCGCUCCCACCCCAACCAAGCGCGACCUCUCCGCCGCUACAGUGAAGCUUCUUCAGAACGGAACCUGCGAUCUCUCCGAAUUAAAGAUGCCAAUCGCACCAACACCUCUCCCCGAACCCUUCGGCCUCAAACUCGCACACAUCGCCGUCGGCCGCGGCACACAAAACUACACCUGCGCAACCGCCUCCUCAACGGACGCACCCAAAGCCGUCGGCGCCGUCGCAUCCCUCUACAACGCGACCUGCUCCGCGGUGCGCGCUCCCGCCGUGCUCGCCGACAUCACCAAGCUCGCACUCGACCACGCGAUCCCCAAGAACGACAUCGCCCAGAAGCUCCUCUCCGGGCACCACGAGUUCACCGCCGCCGGCGUCCCUCUCUUCCUCCUCCAGUCCGACAACAACAACUACGGCUACGUGCAAGCCAAGAAGAACAGCUCCUCCGACGCUCCCACCACCGCCACCAAGGGCACCAACAACCUCGGCAGCGUCCCCUGGCUCAAGCUCGACGCUGUCGAGGGUGACUACAAGGCCGUGUACCGCAUCAACACUGCUGGCGGCGUCGCUCCCAAGACGUGCGAGGGCAUCACUGGUGCUUUCACUGUCGAGUACGCCGCUGAGUACUGGUUCUACAACUAAAAAACGGGGGGGAAUGUUGUUGGGAUGGUAUCUUCUUCGUUGGCAUAGCGCACCGCUUUUGUAGCUAGGUCUGCAUUGUAAUUGGCGUUUCUUCUGCUGCGCCUGCUGCUGCUUCUUUUCUUGUAAAUGGCGGCUUGGGCUCCGCCAUGUAGCAUAUAUAACUUACUGGAAUACCCGGAUGGGAUUUAAUUAAACAUAUUUC